AUGAAUCGUGUUGGUAUGGACGUGGAUCAUAUGGUGGGAAUCCUGAUGUUGGCCGUAGUGGUGGUAUUUUGGGUCGGCGCUUCGUGUAUAACCAAUGAACUGUUCGAGACAAACGCAUACAAUAAACCGUUCUUCCUUACCUAUCUAAAUAUAUCGUCGUUUGCUCUUUAUUUGGUGCCGGAUUUGUCGAAGAAAUUUCGGGUUAGAAGGAAGGCACAGCUGGGGCAGAAAGAUCCAACAUUACCUAUUUACACACGAGAAUCCUUACCUGAACUUUCACCGUUGGUAACUGCGGUUUCUUCGCCUUGCUCCCUGUCUUCUCCUUCGAUAGAGGACUUAAGGGUGAAAGCUACUAUGAGAUUGAGUCUACUGUUUUGUGUCUUGUGGUUCGUUGCCAACUUGGCAGCUAAUUCUGCUUUAUCGUAUACUACAGUGGCAUCGUCGACAAUCCUUUCAUCCACGUCAUCAUUUUUCACCUUAUUUCUGGCGGUCGGUCUGCGUCUAGAAACGUUUUCAAUGAAAAAAUUAUUGGGAUUAUUCGUGUCUUUAUUUGGUAUUAUUCUGAUCGUGAUGCAAUCUUCCAAGCAACGGGAUUCCGUUAGCGCGUCUUCAUUUUUUAUAGGUAACACUUUAGCACUAUUGGGAUCAUUUGGUUAUAGUGUUUAUACAACCCUUUUGAAAUACGAAGUGUCGUCUAAAAGUCUUCAACUAGACAUCAAGAUGUUUUUAGGUUAUGUCGGUAUCUUCACGUUUCUGUUAUUUUGGCCCGUCUUGAUAAUUCUAGAUAUAUCACAUUUGGAAACUUUUGAGCUACCAAAUGACUUCCAUACACUUUUCCUGCUCUUGCUAGAUUGCAUCAUAAUCUUUGUUAGCGAUUAUUUUUGGUGCAAAGCGCUCAUUUUGACAUCUCCCUUGGUAGUUACCAUCGGUUUGACUUUUACUAUCCCGUUGUCUAUGUUCGCUGAUUAUGUGUGGCGGGACGCAUCUUUUACAUCCUGGUAUAUUGUUGGUGUUUUUUUCAUUUUUGUUUCAUUUUUUCUGGUUAAUCAUCAAAGAGAGCCUGUAGUUGAAAAUGACGGUAGUAUUAUUGAAAAAUAA